AUGCCAACCCAACCGCUAACCCACGCAACCAUGAACUGCUACCAGAGCGACGCCAAGAAGAACUACCUCAUGAGGCAGGCCGUAUUUUUCACGCCCAAAAAAAACUCCGUAAACGCAAGUAAUGAAAAGAAGGAAAUCGGGAGCAGAAUUGGCCAAAAUGGGAGUGACGAAUAUGCCUUGAAUGGCACUUUGCACAACCACGGUGCUUGGGUGGGGGGGUCUGACCAGAGGAAAACGGAGAGUUUUAGUGGGACCAUUUGGAGGGGCAAAGACGCUUUGUUGUCUCUCAAUAGUGACAAGCAUGGGGCGAACCAUGGCAGUGUGAGCCAUGGCAGCGUGAAUCAUGGCAGCGUGAAUCAUGGCAGCGUGAAUCAUGGCAGCGUGAAUCAUGGCAGCGUGAAUCAUGGUAGUGUGAACCACGGGAGCGUAAAUUUGAGCACCGUGCCUGUGACCUUCUCGCACAGCUUUGGCGCAGCGGAGUAUGCCGUCGCGGGGGGAGAGUACUCCCUUGCGGGGGGGCACUACGGCAGCGGCGUGGGGGAGUACACCGUUGGGGGCACGGAGUACAGCGGCGGAUGUGCUGGGGAGUACCCCUUCUGUAACGCGAAUGCUAAUUUUGGCGCACCGAGCGGCAACUUCGGAAGCGCGAACAACUGCUGCAGCGUGAGCAGCAGUCUGACCCUGCAGGGGAACAACUUCCAAACGCCCAGCAUAGGCAACAUGAAUUUUCUCCAAAACGGAAGCACCAUGAGCGGUAACAAAGUGGCAGUCGCAGCAGCGGUGGCGGCAGCAGGGGGGGGGAACAACAACGAAGGCAGUCUGGAGUACCUAAACAUAUCAUCCCAGUGUUUCACAGAAAAAAAAAAAGACAUCGUGUACUUGUUUCAAGAGCUCCUAAGUUAUUGCGAGUGCUUAAAAAGGAACAGAAAAAAAAGCACAGAGGAAAUUAAUAAAAUACGAAUUAGCUACAAUAAAGUUUCGGAUUUACUGAAAGAAACAUUGAAGAGGGAAAAAAACAGCCACAUAAAAAUUGAAGAGCUGAGGAAUAUUAUCAUCACGUAUGACGAAAAAUUGGACCGAGUUAAAAAUAGCUCGGAGGGGACCAUAUCAAAUUUAAACAAAAAUGUGCAAACAUUAAUCGACUUGAACAACAAUCUCGAAAUGGAAAUGAAUAAAGUUGCAAAUGAAAAUCAACAGUUGAGAAAAAUUGCACAGAACGAAUUCAAUUUGAAUAAAGAAAUAAAUGAGCUGCGAAAUCAAAUCGAAAUUUUAAACAACGAAAAAGUUGUCCUUGUAAAUCAAAUUGAUGGACUGCGGUUGGAAAACUCCAAAAUUGAAAAUGAGAAAAAUGUCCUCCUAAGUGAUAAGACAUUAUUACACUGUAAAAUUGACGAACUUGAAAAUGGGCUGAAAAAUAAAAAUAAAAAAAACAUUUUUAAUCAACCCAAUGGGACUGAGCGGGAGAGUAAUCCAUUUAUAAUAAACUCGGAUGAAGAAAUAAACCAGCAGCUCAGCAACUACUUGAAUUUGAACCAUGAGCAGCGGACGGAGCUCUUCAAGAAUUUCCUCUACCACUGGCGCGAGACCAACAAGGCGGGUCAGAAGUUUUACGAGCAGUCCUGCGUCGCCGGCGCGCCGCUCUAG